AUGGGGAACAUUUUUGAAAAGCUGUUUAAAAGUCUAUUUGGGAAAAAAGAGAUGUGGAUUCUUAUGGUGGGUUUGGAUGCAGCUGGAAAAACCACCAUCCUGUAUAAAUUGAAGCUGGGAGACAGCGUGACUACCAUCCCUACAAUAGAGUUCAACGUACAGAUGGUAGAAUAUAAAAAUAUCAGCUUCACAGUUUGGGAUGUUGGUGGCCAGGACAAAAUCAGACCUUUGUGAUGACAUUAUUUACUGAACACCCAAGGUCUGAUUUUUGUGGUGGACAGUAAUGACAAAGAGUGGGUCAAUGAGGCCCGAGAAGAACUAACCAGAAUGUUAGCAGAACAUGAGCUCAGAGAGGCAGUUUUACUGGUGUUUGUAAAUAAACAGGAUCUUCCCAAUGCUAUGAAUGCAGCUGAGAUAACAGACAAGUUUGGCUUACAUUCCCUGCACCAGAGAAACUGGUACAUUCAGGCUACUUGUGCCAUCAGUGGAGAUGAACUUUAUGAAGGCCUGGACUGGCUCUCCAACCAGCUCAAAAACCAGACGUGA